AUGUGCAUAGAAGAUGUCACACGGGGGGGAAAAGCUUCUCCUGUACCGAGUGUGGGAAAUGUUUCCAUUUUAAAUCCAAUCUUAAUAUGCAUAAAAGAACUCACACAGAUGAGAAGGCACAUACCUGCCCUGAGUGUGGAAAAUAUUUUUCAAAGAAGUCUCAUCUUUUCACACAUCAGAGAACUCACACAGGGGAGAAUCUGCAUUCCUGUCUUGAGUGCGGGAAAUGUUUUUCAAAGAAAUCCCAUCUUUACAGACAUCAGAGAUCACACACGGUGGAAAGACCAUAUUUCUGUUCUGAGUGCGGGAAAUGCUUUGUACAAAAAUCCAAACUUACCGUACAUCAAAGGACUCACACAGGUGAAAAGCCAUUUUCCUGUACUGAGUGCGGGAAAUGUUUUGCACAGAAGUGCAGUCUUUCUACACACCAGAGAUUGCACACACGUGAGAAGCUGUAUUCCUGUUCUGAGUGUGGGAAAUGUUUUUCUGGGAAGUCCUAUCUUUCCAUACAUCAGAGAUCUCACACGGGGGAAAAGCCGUAUUCCUGUUCUGAGUGCGGGAAAUGUUUUUCACGGACAUCCAGUCUUUACAGGCAUCAGGGGUCCCACACAACCCUCAAGAUGUAUUGGUGCCUUGAGUGCGGGAAAUGUCUUCUAG